AAGUUAACAUAUGCGUACUGAUCAGUCAUGGCAGAGAAUAAGUAUGUGGUUGUGCUAGCUCCAAAUGGUCGAAGACAAACUGUGAAAGUUACACCAAAUACGACUAUUUUGCAGGUGCUGGAAGAAGUGUGUAGGAAACAGGGUUUAAAUCAGGAAGAAUAUGAUAUUAAGCAUCAUAACCAUGUUCUCGACACAACUUCCAUUAUACGGUUUUCUGGGCUGCCGAACAAUGCACAGCUUGAGAUGGUAGCAGCACAGAAAAUGCGAGAGGAAACUGCUGUUGUUGUAGGUCUACAGUUGGAAUCAGGUGAUCGACUCUUGGGCGAUUUUCUUCCAACAGAAUCAUUAUGGAAUGUGAUAAAAAAGUUAUGCCCCAGUGAGGCUGAUCUUGACUCACAUCCGGUCAUUAUUUAUAUGCGCAGAGAAGUAUCUGGGGUGAAGGCUCUUGAAGGGACAACUCUUCGUAGUCUUGGGCUCACUGGUGGUAGAGCCAUGCUUAGGUUUGUUCAUCGUACACCCGAAGAACUGCAUCAUCAGGCUAAUGUUUCUGGGCCUCUGCCUAAAAAAUCUGUUUCAAACGUUCCACAAGAACAUGAACCAGAAUCAAAUGACCCUCCAGAACACGCUUCCAGUAGAAAGUCCUCUCUGCUGGAUCCAGGCCACAGUUCAGUGGCAGGAAGUGAUCUGCUUCAAUCUUCUACAUUUGCCUGUAUUCCUGUACUCCCAUCAUCAGGUGCAAGUGGAAGUGCAGUAGAUAUACAUGGCAAUGGAAAUCAAAACCCAAACUCUAGUACAGCAGUACCGACAGGCAGCAUAUCUUCUCCACUUUCUGUAAGCAAAGUCUCGGCACAGCAGAAAGAAGGAAUGGACAUUGACUCACUUGAAAGUGUUUCUGUAGAAAGGAAUGAGUUAGCAGCAGGAAGUUCUAAGGCCACUAUUGCUCCACUGCCAGAAUGCAAAGAAUCUAAUGAAGAAGUAAUACUGCUUGGGGAAAGGAAUGCCAUUGCUUUCAGUCUUGAGAUGGCUCAUGCUGUACCUUUUGAAGAUCUGCCUGAUGAUUUCUUUGAACUGACACUGGAAGAUGCACGAGCCAUUUACAGAGACCUAAAAAGGAGGAGAGAUGAGAUGGAAGAGGCACCUUUUGUUACAAAUGCACAGAGGAGUCUAGAAGAAUCUAAACGAGUGUUGUCACAAUUGAACCAAUAUCGUCAAACUGUAAUCCGAAUCCAUUUUCCUGACCGCACAGUUCUUCAGGGGACUUUUUUCCCCCUUGAAACUAUUAAAGCAGUCAUGAACUUCAUUCGAGGCCAUCUGGAAAACCCAGAUAUUGAAUUCCACCUCUAUACCACUCCUCCAAAAAAUAUUUUAACACCUGAAAUGAGGCUCAUUGAGGCUGGAUGCGUACCAAAUACUAUUGUACAUUUUGGAACGAAGAACCAUGCAAGUUUUGACAGUAAAACGUACCUACGAGAAGCAAUACUUACUCAGUUUACUUCUCCCAGUGCUGCCACACUUGCAGCUUGUCAAUCCAGGGCAAUCGAGCCAGGAGUGCCUGCAGCUAGUUUCUCUACCCCAGCACAUCUCAGUCAGUCUGGAAGUAUUUCACAUCUGGAAGGGAAGACAUCAGAAGUUGAACAACCAAUGAAUAUAGACAGUGGACCUAGUUCAUCUAUCCAGGUUCCACAGAGAGAAAAUGGAGCUCCCAGUAAUAAGAUUCCAAAGUGGUUUAAAUCCACCAAAUAAUUCAGAGAAAAGAACAAAAGUAGCAUAUCAGUGCUCUUUUGUUACAAAAUGUGAUUAUGGGAAAUUGAUCUGUAAAAUAAGUAAAAAUAUGGUGCUGUGAGAACCAUUACUUCAUUGAUUAGACACCAUCAGGUGUCAGAUAUUUUGUUUUUGUAUUAUUAAAGAAGCAUGUAUUGUAAUUACAUUACUUUGGUCAAAAAAUAAAACUUAUCAAUUCACUCAAAGUUUUAUAUGCAAUUUUUUAAACUGUAAAUGUAUUUUUGUUAUACUUAUAUCAUGAAAGGAAAGAAAUAUGCUUCAGCCAUGUGUAUAAGUAGGAAGGUAUCUUUGUGCCUAAUAAAAAGGUUUGCAAUAUUUAUUCAGA